AUGAAUGUCCAAGAAUAUAUUGAUAACCAAGCUGCCUUAGAGGAAGAGGCAAGAGCUGCGAUGCCAUGGGAACCUAAGAAAUGUACUUACGAAAUGGGUUCCAUUAGACAACAGAUAUUUGCAUGUAGAACCCAUGAAAACAUUGGGAUAUGCUACUCAUGCUCAGUUAUGUGCCAUACAAAAUGUGAUAUAGUGGAAUUAUUCACAAAGAGAAACUUCACUUGUGACUGUGGGACAGAAAGAGAUAAAAUGAUAAAGGAGCAUAAUUGUAAAUGUGAUGUUCGCAAAAAUGUUGAAAAUGAUAUCGCUUCUUUGAGUAAUAAAUAUGGGCAGAAUUUCAAGGGAUUAUUCUGUAGUUGCUCAACAGAAUAUGAUCCCGAUUCGAAAGCAGUAAUGUUGCAAUGUGUGCUAGGAAUAGAGUGUGACGAAGAUUGGUAUCAUGAUUCUUGUAUAAUGGGGAUUGAUGACUCCAAGAAAGACGCCCAAGUUAGAAUUGAUGAUCCAGUAUCGGGAGAAAGUACAAUUGAGGGAUUCCCGCAUUUGGAUUCAUUUGAUGCUUUCAUAUGCUGGAAAUGCAUUUCAAAGUAUGACUAUUAUUUUAAAAGAAUAUUAUCGCAUCAUGCGUCAGAUAAAAUUAUUCAAUGUAAGCUGGGGCGUGAUUCUGAAAUCAUACCUGAUAAAAUAAAUGAAAAUGGGAAAAGGGUUAUUGAAGAGGGACAGAAUAACGGCGAGUACUCUGUGUUCUUGAAAAGUGAUUACUCUAAAGAAUUUAAAACAUUAAAGGCUAAAUUGGAAAAGGACGAUAAAUUAUUUAUUUUCUUAGAUAAAAUAGCCCCAUUUCUCAUUGAAGAUGACCCAAUUUAUGAACCUGCUGCCGAACCAGAGGAUGAUACGGAUAUUAUUCAAUUAGUGUCGAAAAUUUUGCAAAAUGGAGCUAGUGUCGGCGGUGUCGUUGAUACAAUGGUGACAUUCAAUUCAAUGAAAACUAAACUAAAUGAAUAUUUAAAGAGUUUUGCUGAGAAUAACAGGGUCGUUAAAGAAGAAGACGUUAAGAAUUUUUUCCGAAGCGUAGAAGAAUAA